CAAUCUCGUUUAAAAAAGAACGACGUUAUGUUUAUUUCAAAGCGCUGAUUUCUCUUUGCUUAGGACUCGGUAUCACUUGUGCAGUUUUUGCCAUUCGUUCGUGUCGAUGGUACGUCGUUUUACAAGGCAGCGCCUAUUCCUUUGAUAAUGAAUAUAAUGCAGAGAAUACAAUCGAUUAUGGCACCAAUGGGGAUUGGGAUUUCUCUGAAAUAAACACGGAUUCAAUCGUGAGCAUCGGUAUAUUUCGGUAUCGAAGAAUGGAGAGAAUAAGAACAUUCGACGAAGAAAAUGAUUWUUUUGAUUCGAACAGAUCGUCAACGAGAGUAGUAGCAGCAGCGGGAGCAGCAAGAKACUUCUACCGCGAUUCCAAUGGGGAUGGUGACAACGGUCAAUGCAUCUCAUACCCAGGAUUUUGGGUUGGAACCGAUCAUCCAUGGGAAUUCACCGCUCAAUUGUGUGUUGUGCUUGGACCAAUAUUAGCUUUUGUUUCGUUGUGCCUGAUCUCGCUCGGCAAUCCAAAACGAUUCUGGGGUUGCACCUUGUUGCUGCUAACAACAGGAAUCCAAACGGCCUCCAUAAUCGCAUCGCUGUCAUGGUGCAGCUUCGCUCAUAAAACUUACUACUGGAAUUGUCCCUGGCUCGUGGGAGCUCUGGUCAACCUGAUUGCUUCCGCUUUGUUUUUGACCAGCUGGAUCUUGGCUCUCUUGGGUUUAGUCGACGACGAAGACAAACACCAAGCAAUAAGUGGCAAUGCAGAAACCGUCAACACUGGCAACAAAAACGACCAACACGUCAAAAAWGGCGACCGGAGUGCUUCGGCAGAAAAUAAUACCAAUAACACCAGCACGCAACCAAACAACAGCUUAGAAAGCAGAAGCUACCCCUCAUCAGUCUURGUCGGCAAUGGAAACAGAAUUGAUCUUAAUUCAACGGUGACUGGAGAGACGGAUUACUUCCGCGCAACUGACGACCUCGAAAACGGCGGUGGCGGACCAACAAGUGUCAAGGCAUUGUAUCGUCGCGUUGAGAACGAAACCUCCCCGGGCAGCAAGAGCAUUGCCCGUCAUACGAUUGGAAAGGAAGGCCGCGACAGUAGCAGCAUCCAGAGGCACGAAUUGUAUUACGACGCGGGUUGCGGUACCGAAAGUAACAAGAAGGCUUCUGCAGCGCUCAUAUCGAAUUGCAACCAAAUGUUCUUAGACCUCGAUGCCAAGAUGAWGCAUCGACGCGAUACGAUGAUUAAAAACAAUUCUAUUGCCGGAAGCGACAGCCUUCGGGACGAUGAAGUAUCUUCGAUCGACACAAACAUAGAACCAUGACUGUGGAGCAGUCAUGAGACCAACAUCUAAUGAACUUUAAUCCAGCAA